AUGAGCACCAUGGAGAGGACUCUGGCGUUCAGAGACCGGCUUCUGAACAGCACUCUCCUGAAGAAGGAGAACCUCAACCCUAAGACAUGGCUCAACUCUGAGCCGGUGAAAAACUUCACCGAUUUGGUCCUGCAGAGGGACACCACGGAGCCUGACACGAGUUAUGACAACGCGGUGAUGCUUUUGGAGUCUGAGAAGGAGUACAUCGAGGCAGCUAAGAGAAAUGAUGUUGAGUUCAUGAAGCUCAAUGGGAGAGGCAUUAACAUCAACUCCAAGAAUGUACAUCAUCGAACUGCACUUCACUACGCCGUGGCCUUCCGCAACGUGGAGGCUGUCGAGGUCAUCCUGAAAAGACGAGCGAAGCUUGACUUACAGGACAAGCACGGGAUCACGGUCAUGCACUUGGCCGCCUGGUUCGGCAGUCUGGACAUCCUGAAAUUGCUGGUACAAGCAGGGGCGGAUCAGACCAUGGAGACCAAGGAAGGGAUGAACAUGAUGCACUGCGCCGCCAUAAACAACCAUACGGACAUCAUGAGCUACAUCAUUGAUGAUCUGCAGAUGAAGGAGCUGGAUAAGAGAGAUCAGCAUGGAAACAGGCCCUUUGCGGUGGCAGCAGAGCACGGCUGUGUGCGGAUGCUGGAGAUGUUAAUGGAGGAUCCCUACAACAUGGCCACCACAGAAGCCAACGAGAUCGGAGACACGCCACUCCACUUGGCUGCAAAGAAUGGCCAGCUGGAAGCUGUGCAGCUGCUCCUUGGCAACUUUGAAACCCGCGAUGAAGUCAACAUGGCCGGGGAGACGGCGCUCUACCAGGCCGCAGACGGAGGCCACGAGGAGUGUGUGGAGGCGCUGCUGGACGCGAUGUGUGACCCCAACAUCACCUCCGACGUCGAGAGCUCCCCUCUGCACCCAGUGUGUGAGAGAGGCUACACUUCACUGGCCAAGCUCCUCAUUGACAAUGGAACUGGGAUGAAUGCACAGAACCAGCACCUGGAGGCUCCCCUGCACCUGGCUGUGCACAACUCUCACAUCCCCGUCAUCCACACGCUACUGAAGGCCGGCUGUGACCCCAACAUCAGCAAUCGGAUGGGACAGACUGCUCUCCACGUUGCAGCAGAGCUUGGCAAGGUGGAUGUGGUUGAAAUGAUCUUGAAAGCCGACUUGGAUCUGGAGCUCAAGGACAGGCAAGGCAAGACCGCCCUGGCCGUGGCUGCCCGGGCAGAUGCUGUGAUCGUUGUAGACAUGAUAAUCAAAGCAGAAAGAUACUUCCACUGGAGAAGGACCAAUGCGGUGACAAAUGAGAUUCUUCACAAUGAAUUACCGCUGACGUUCAAAGUGGACCACCGAGCCGACACAAAGCAGAUCCGCGACACCAUGUGGAGACUGGCUUACAAGUGCUUCAAGCGCAACGAGUGGAAGAGGCUAGCGGAAUACUGGGGCUUCACCCAGCAGCAAAUGGCUGCCAUUGAGGAACAGUGGACAGGGCCCCAGAGCUACCAGGAACAUGGCAACAGGAUGCUCCUGAUCUGGCUCCAUGGAGUGAUUAGCACACAGAGGAGUGCUGCCAGAGAGCUGUACGAUGGGCUCCUCUCUACGGGGAACAAGAAAGUCGCAGAGAAAAUACGAAUGGAAGCAGAGAACAACAUGAAGAAAUGCACUAUUUCCUGAUGCUAGACAAGGAAGGACUAUUUUGCACAAAGGACACCAGCAUCAGUGAUGUGUGCAGUGUUCUGUUACAUUUGCCAUUUUGCACAUUUUUCAACAUAAUCGCUUUUUCUUCUAGGCUACAGUCACUUUGAUCUCUGUAUUCUGUACCAGACAUAGUCAUAUUCUAAAUCUUUAUCUGUUUAACAUCACUCUCUCUAAAAAGCAGCUAAUUCAUU